AUGGCUUACGUCUCGGAGCUGCUGCUCUCAGCAGGCGCUCGUGAUGUGUGGAUGGUCAAUGCCGUUAUGAAGAAAGGGCGGCCAGGCGUGGUGCUGCAUGUGCUGUGUGAUCGCAGUCAAUGUGACGAUAUGCUCUCCAUCAUUCUCAACGAGACCACCACACUGGGAGUGCGCAUAGUGCCGUGUGAACGUGUCGCAAUGCAGAGGCUCGUGGAGAGUGCGCUUACGCCCUGGGGAUGGGUGCCGGUGAAGGCCGGAUACCUGCAGGGAAAACUGGUGACAGCUACAGCAGAGUAUGAGCCAUGCGCUGCAAUUGCAAGAAAGAAUCACGUCCCUCUCAAGGAUGUUAAGUUUGCUGCAGAGAAAUGGUUCAUUGAGAAUGAUGCUCGUGAGCAGAAUCAACUGGGCAUGGGGUGA